GUGCCGCCUCAGGAGACUAACAUCUACACUCUAUAAAGCUAUGUGAUCUCUAUUAAAUAUUGCAAUUUUUUUAUUAUUAAAAUAUUAUUUCAUCCCCUUGGAUAAGGGAAACUUUGAGUUCUCUGUUUGCGCACUGACCUUGUAGUUGGAGCACCACAUCUUGUGCUCGAGGAGAAGCUGCUGUUGCUUCAAAGCCAAAGGCAUUAGAUUCCACCCAUCCGCCAUGCAGUUUCCUGCUAUCCCUGGAAUCCAAGUGUCCACCCCUCUGUAUGGAAAGAGCACUCGACUGCAUCAGUAGUAGCAGCACACUCCACUGGCCCACAAGCUGAGCAGCGUCUGAUCCCAGUCCUCUACUCAAGACAGACCCAGCAUGGAGAGCCCCUUGACGGCAGAGUCAGCUCCCCCAACCCCAGCUCCCCGAAACCAUACUCCUUCUCCAAGUCCCAGAGCUGAGGCCCAAGAGGUCAGAAUGGAGGAGAAAGAGGGAACAGUGGAGGAGGGUGAGACAGCGGACACAGAGGAGGACUCUAUAUAUCUCUCUCUAUCAGAGGUGUCAGUGUUUGUGGAGGAGCCAGCAGAGGAUGCAUCAGAGAAGGCUGUGGCUGAAGAGGCUGCGGCCGAGGAGAGGGCUGAGAGAGAGGCUCAGAGGCAGCUCCUGGCCACAGAGGAGCUGGUCUACACAGAGAGGAACUACCUGAGACUCCUCCAGGUCUGCACCUGCACCAUCAGGAGCAACCUGCAGAAACACCAGCCUCAGCUGACUAACCUGGACAGCAUGUUCCUGUACAUAGAGGAGGUGAUCGACGUGUCAGGCCGCCUCCUCAGCCUCCUGGACCAGAAGCAAUUGACGCCCCAUGAUCCUCUCUUCCUGGAGACUCUAUGUGAGGCCUUCCUCAGUCUAUCAACAGACAUAGAGUCGGCGUACAAGGAGUACCUGGCCAACUACAACAACGUCACAGCGCUAGAGAACAGCUACAAGCAGAAAGAAGCCCUGUGGACUGAGAUAGUGAAAGUCAUCAAGUCCUCAGCGCCAGAGGUGAAUGCUGCCUCUCUGAGCUUCUUCCUGGUGAUGCCAGUCCAGAGGAUCGCCCGCUACCCUCUUCUCUUCCAGACCGUCAUGAAACACACAGAGCCUGGGCACCCAGCCUACUCUCUCCUGGAGCAGACUGCCCACACCGCCAUAGCCCUCAACUGCAGGAUCAACGAGUACAAACGCUUCAGGGAAGUCGCCGACAAAUACAAGAAGACGGAGACCCUGACGAUAAGGGAUAAGAUGAAUCGACUGAACAGCCACAGCAUCGCAAAGAAGACUGCCAGACUGAGUCAGUUCAUCAAACAUGAGACGGGGAUUGCACCAAAGCUGGUAGAUGAAGAGUUUGAUGCCUUGGAGGGCUUUUUCUAUCUCCUUGAAAAUGGUAUCACCGUGCUACAUGAAAAUGUGGAGACAUAUCUAGACCAUCUACAGAGGUUUCUCAGCUAUCGACCGGAGGAGUUUGAUCUUGACAUGGACAGUGAGAAGCCUGUUAUAUGCUACAAGGAAAUCACAACAGCACUGAGACAAUGGAUACUUCCUACAUUUGAGAAGAGGAUGAGGACUUUGGUCCACAAGCCUCUCUGUGCCCUAAAAGAGCUCCUGGCGGGGCCUCGUAACCUGAUCAGUAAGCGUCUGGACAAGCUGCUAGACUACGAGCUGAUCGAAGAGAAGCCCAGUCUGAGCUACGAUGAGCAGGCGGUGGCUAACACCUAUAAGACCAUCAACACCCUGCUCCUCAACGAGCUGCCCCAGUUCAACGGCCUGGCCCUCACCCUGCUCUGGGGCAUGCUGGGGGCCUUCAGCUGCCUGCACAAGGACCUGGCUGCAGACAUGGAGCAGCUCUUCCAGGGAUUCACCCAACAGCUCCCUCCCGGUUCCCUGGAGCCUAAUGCAUUCUGGGAGUGGGCGGAGUGUUCGGUGCUGGAGGGUGCGAGGAGGCUGGAGAGUCUGUGUUGGAAUGUGAAGGACCAACUCAAUGAUUCCAUUGUCCAGCCUCUCAGCCCUGGCUCCCAGAAUCGUCUGAAGGUCCUGACAGACAAGCACGGCUCAGGGAAGAUCUACCAGCUGACAGGCCAUGUGGUGGGGACCAGAGACCUGGACCUGAGCCUGAACAGAGGAGAGCUGGUGGCCAUCAUCAGUGAGAUGGACACACGGGGGGACAAACGACGCUGGCUGGUCGACGCUGGGGGUCCAAGAGGAUACGUCCCCUCCUCCAAGUUGGUGCGUUACCACCAGGUAACCAUGGACCCUCCCCCGUCCCCUCAUCUGACAGUCACUACCAUGGAUUGCGCUGGGGGGGUCAGAAGAUACUCCUACCACCCUGACGUCAGGCGACUCUCCUACACCCCUGAUACACCCCAGCCCCAGCUCGUGAGGGCUAUGUCCGUUCCCUGCUUCCAGGUGUUUGCAGGCUAUGACUUCAGGGCGAGGAGCAGUCACGAGGUCUCUCUGAGGGCGGGGGAACCAAUCAGAGUCCUGGAACCCCAUGACAAGAAGGGUAGCUGUGACUGGAGCCUGGUGGAGGUGCGGGGGCAGAGGGGUUACGUGCCCUCCAACUACCUGGCAGUGAUGCCCACAUCCACGACGCCCACCGCCACCUACCGCUAGGGUUGCCCCCUACUGCGGGCAUUUGCAUGUAGAGUGCUCCAAGCCCUCAACUGCAGCUCUUGUUUAAAUAUGUAAGUGGGAGGCCGCUUCCAUCACCAGGAACCAGGGGUGCAACGCUGCUUUUUCCUGGAGAGACUGACUGACUGACUGACAGGCAGGUAGAAAUGCCUCCGCACACUAGAGCAUAGCAGGCAGUCCAUCAAGCUUAUCUGUCUGUCUGGAUUUCUCACUCAUUCACUCUCUCACACACACACACACACAAACUCACACACAAACUCACACACACACACACAUACGCUAUGUAGUCUGGGUGCUGGCAGUUAAACAGAUGGAAAUAUGUACAAACUCCAUUUUGAUGUACCACUAGCACCGUCAGGUGACUUGGCCACUGACGUUGACAGUAAUGCAGUUUAUGCUCAGGCAAAAUAGUUUUCUGAUUUCUAGGAAGAAUGAGGUCGGCAAACCUUAAUGCUAGGUUACAUGAUAAAAUAAGGAGAGAGAGUGGAUAAGAGAACUUGUUAAAAUGGAUGAAGUGGAGCUAGUUUGAUUCCAGGCAUCAAAUGGCAGCAAAGGUGUGUUACUAAAGCAAUUCCAUCAUUAGGUUGAUAUGGCUUUAAUAAGACAGUUGUUGUACUGCAGCUAGCAGGGCCUUCUCAUUGGUCCAAAUAUCAGGGCAGAGUGAGAAAACAAGACAUUACCUGGUGCUGUAUCUGGGCUGACUGGACUAGACAGGCAUAACUGUCUUCUCUCAGCUGGCCACAAGGGGGUGUACCACACCUGCGCUCACCUAACAGAUGUCUGUAGGCUUUACCUUUUAGCAUCUUCAUUAUUAGCUCAGUCGGUAGUGAUGCUAAUCUUCUGGUGGAUGUCACACAACCUAAACACGUUCAUAUCUUAACCGUGUGGUCUUAUCAUUCAUUUGACUGUCAAGAUCUACUUCAUAAUAUGAUCUAAAUAGAAUGUUUGCUCUGUAAGCCCGCCGUCAAGAUUAGCUGUCCUGUUUUUUAAAUUGUAUUUAUUUAAUUUAUUUAACACAGCAGGACCCUGUGUCAGGCUUUUUAUAUGAAGGAUGAAAUCGCUCAGUGUUGCCAAAAAAACGUUUGAAAGGGAGCACAGCUCUGUCAGUGCAGCAGUGUCAUUAUGUCGAUUGCUACAGAAUAGUCACUGUGCCCUGGGUAAUACAGCACUCAAGCUGGGUAUGCAGGUCUUCAGAUAGUCACCGCUAUUUUACCAUGUUGGCUCAGAACAGGAUUUGUAUGAGGCUCUAAGAUGGUGCAGUUUCUAAAUUGUAGAUAUAUUUGAAGGAAAGGCCACAGAUAGUGGCGGUCUAUAUGACAGUUAUAAUAACAGAGCUUUCACUGUGAGCACCAGAAUGGAGCGUAAUCAAGUGUAAAUGGAUUUUAAUGUUGUACUUAACCAAACUACUGGGUGACACGUGUCGUCCUCCAUAUGACGUUUAAACGUGUGGCGUAUUGGUGUUUGUGGACGUCCCUGCGUCAGCUAAGGACGGGUUGUCACCAGGACUGUGAUGCAGUAACUCCCUGCAGCUACCACUAACCCUAGCAUGACAGAAACCUACGCAGCUCUAAAAAUAAACGUUCUCUCAUUCAAUGGUUCUAUAAAUAGCCCACUGUCGGUAUAGGAUCUUCUGUUGGACCCUUGCCCCCCCCCUGUUGGCCACUGUUGGAACAGCAGUUGUUUUCCUCCAGCUACCUCCUCUGGGUGGUACAUUGCAUAACCGCUACUGUUAUACUACCUCUCUACAGUGUUUCUGGGCUGCUCCUGGCAUAAUGCCAUAGGGGAGUAUACAGAAAGCAAUUAGAUUGGUUUUACUUUUCGUCAUAGAUAAUUGGGCUCCUGAUUGUGAGGGUAAUCCAGUGCUUUAAGCAGGCAGGGCUGAAACAAGGCAUCCAUGUUGUUUCUGUCAGCCUCCGGCUCCAGUCAGAGUGUAGAUCAGCUGCUACACAAUAACACUGUCUGUUUAUCUGGCUGUAGCCUCAUAUUUAUGUGCUGGGCAGAAUUUAUUGUCCAAUCAGGGGGGCACUAUGGCAGGGCAGUCAAGAGAGAGAGCAUCUGGGUGCCGGGGGGCAUUUUUCCUGGAAGAGUCUUCCCCCCCCUGAUUUGGGAGGAAGAGUUGAAGCACAUUGUAUGUGAUAGGGGCUGAUCCAUCCAAGCUGCUCUAGGCUGGCCACAGAAAUAGCAGAAGUGGGCCUGUCCUGGGUGCUUUAAGCCAGGGCUGUAUUUGUUAACCAUUUGGCAAAGUUCCUGAUGCCUUGGCUUCUUUAAGGCCCUGUCAGCUGAUCUCUCUGGCACAACCAAUUUAGUUUUAACAAUGGCUCAUCCCCUGUACUGCUGGACUAGAAUGGGAAAGUCUCCCCUGGCUUGUAGCUAAUGACUGGAGUUUAGAAGGUAGUAGUGAGACUGAGGCGUGGACGGUGCAGGGUAGGGAUGCACGUGACACUGCCCCCAUGCAGCCAGGAAGCCCCUUUCUCCUGAGGUUCCCCUCGGGGACCUGGGGAGAGAGCCACUGACAUGGUACGAUCACCUCACCGUCCUCUGGCUGAGUGUGAGUGUCAGUCGUGGAACAGAGUGUGAGUGAGCCACAGCAGUCAAGCUGAACAGAUCUCCUAGUUGUCAGGGGGAUUGACUUCGCUAAAAAUUCACAAAAAUCUACAACAUCAGUUGCUUAUUGCUUUCUCCUUCAUCCUUCCAGACCUUCUGAAUAAGACAUACAUAGAGAUGGAACACUGAUACAUACAGUACCAGUCAAAAGUUUGGACACACCUACUCAUUCAAGGGUUUUUCUUUAUUUUUAC